AUGCCGCGCAUCAAUCUGCCCCCGCUGACCCGCGCUCUGCUCCUCGUCGUCUUCUCCCUUUCCGCCCUCAACGUCGUGCUGCGGACCAACAAAUGGCGGAGCUCCCUCGACUCGACCCCUUCCGCGACCGUCGCCUCCAACUACCUGUCGAGUCCCCGAUGGGCCAUACCAUACCUCGUCCUCAUCCCCACGCAGAGCAUACGCCAUCCUUGGACAUUCUUGACUGGCUCCUUAGUGGAGAACAACCUGGUUUCAAUCGCUAUAUCCGCCAGCGUCAUCUACUUUGGUGGAAGAUAUCUUGAACGCGCGUGGGGGAGCAGGGAGUUUGCAAAAUUCGUCGCCUUUGUCACAAUCAUCCCAAACACUGCUACCUUCUUCAUCUAUGCGCUUUGGCAUGCAGUGAUUGGGCGCGCGCCCGAAUUGUGAGUGCUUCUUCUAUUACACGUCGAGAUGGAGCUGGAGGCGAGAUGGCAGACUAACGGACCUGCGCCAGCCCGACUCCUCUCAAUGGCCUCGUCGCUCUGGAAGCUGGCUUCCUCGUAUCGCUGAAACAGCUGGUCCCUGAGCACACCGUCUCGAUCUUCAAAGGUCUUAUCCGCAUGCGAAUCAAGCAUUUCCCUGCCGUCUUUGUUCUCGCCAACAUGCUGUCUGGGCCUCUUCUCGGCACAGACACGGCCACAUGGUUGAGUUUGUGGGGCUUUCUCACCUCGUGGAUCUAUCUGCGCUUCUACAGGAUCUCGGAAAUCACCAGCUCGGCCACUGGAGGCGAGGGUUCCGUCAUGAAAGGCGAUGCCAGUGACACGUUCGCAUUCGUCGCCUUCUUUCCCGACGUUGUGCACCCAUUCCUAUCGCCAGUCUGCGACGCCAUCUACAAAACCUUGGUCCAGCUGAGCGUCUGCACACCAUUCUCCGUCGAGGCAAUCGAGGCUGGCAACGAAAAUGCUGCCUCCCGCUCGGAAGCCGGUCUACCAAGUAUCAUGAACAGCAGAGGAACUGGCGGUGGCCGCCGAGCAGAAGCAGAGAGGCGACGGGCCCUCGCAUUGAAGGCGUUAGACCAGCGCCUGAGUGCUGCCGCUGCAAGUCGCGGGACAAGCCCGUCACAGCCUGUUACCACCGUCCAGGCCACUCUCAGUGCAGAUGCAAUAGACUCCUCCGUUGGGGGAGAAGCCGUAGAACAGUCUGCAGUAAAGGAGGCGCAGGCAUGA